UCAAACCUCACGAGACGCUUUGGUGUUCCGGUUGCUGCUGGAGUGUUUCCGCCUGGUGUCCAGCCGCUUUAAACAGAAAUAAAACUACUGUAGGAUUCUGCCGCUCCUGCGCUUAUUGCUUGUUUUCCUUUCGGCAGUUUUGGAUUUCAGUUUGUUGAAUAAUUAAACCAGAGCUGCAGUAUUUCCAGGCAGGACAACCUGCUGAGGUGCGCGUUCACCUGAUGGACUAAAGCAUUUCCGGUGUCAGUGAUUUUAAUCCGGGUUUAGUUGUAGUGCAGGAGGAUAAUGUUGGACUCUGCCGUCAUGAGUAAAACCGGAAUGGUGACCAGAAUCCAUACAAGGAUCCGAACAGAACCGUUUAAGACCAACUACGACCUCGUCGGCAAAGAGCUUGGCAGAGGGAAAUUUGCCGUGGUGAAGAAGUGUGUGGAAAAGACCACACGGAACGAGUAUGCCGCCAAGUUCCUGCGCAAACGCCGGAGGGGUCAGGACUGUCGUGCUGACAUCCUGAACGAGAUCGCCAUGCUCGAGGCGGCCAAGGCCAACCCUUACAUAGUGGGGCUGCACGAGGUGUACGAGACUAGCUCUGAAAUCAUUCUGGUGCUCGAAUGUGCUGCUGGAGGGGAAAUCUUCAAUCAGUGCGUGGCCGAUAACGACGAGGCCUUCACAGAGAAAGACGUUAUCCGGUUGGCCCGGCAGAUUCUAACAGGCAUAGCCUUCCUUCAUCGCAACAACGUCGUUCACUUGGACCUGAAGCCUCAGAACAUUCUGCUAACCAGCGCUCAGCCACUCGGGGACAUCAGGAUUGUAGAUUUCGGUCUGUCUCGGCAUGUGGACAACAUGUCUGAAGUGCGUGAGAUCUUGGGAACUCCAGAGUAUGUAGCUCCUGAGAUUCUGAACUACGAGCCAAUCAGCACGGCUACAGACAUGUGGAGCAUCGGCGUGUUGACGUACGUGAUGCUGACAGGCCUGUCCCCUUUCCUGGGUGAAGACAAGCAAGAGACGUACAUGAACAUCUCCCAGGGCAACGUGGACUAUUCACAAGACGUCUUCCACGGGAUCUCGAGCCUCGCCAUGGACUUCAUCCAGUUGCUACUCCACCAAAACCCCAGGAAUCGAUCAACAGCGGACGAGUGCUUACGUCACCCCUGGUUAAACACAGACUCUCACACCCACACUGCGACCACCACGACAACGCCGCUUGAUGAGCAAGAAACCAGCCAAUCAGAAUCUGAGCCCGAGAGUCCUGAUUCAUCUCCCGAGCUUCCCAACAUUCCGUCAUAUCUCACAUACCCCAGACAAGGGGACCUGAAAACUGGCCGGGAUGCUUUCACUUUUACCGAGGCGUUCCCUACUCGCCCUGAAAUGCAGCAGGAGCUGAUCUGUUAGAGUGACAGCCAUGUCGUCCAGUCAGAAGGGAGCUCGGUUUGUCAGCGAUUUGUUGAGAAAUGGCACUGGUGUGAGCUGGUCCACUCGUGCGUUCUUGGCCCUGGUUGUGUUCCCACUGGUGUGUGUGUGGGUGUGGGGUUUGUUUGUUUGUUUGUUUGUUUUUUUUCCUCCUCUCCCAAAACCUCUUUUAAAAAAAAAUCAGUAGUGAAGUGUCCUUUAACAAGUCUUUAAGAAGCCUAUGAUAAUUGCAAAUAAUUUAAAAAAAAUCAGUUUAAUCAAAUAAGUAGGUUUCUUUCUGAACUCACACACAUAAACAUGCACAUCAGUGUAAAUCGAAGGUUCUGUGGUUAGUGUCUGUUAGUCUGCUGGUCGGAAUUAAUUAAAUUGCGGGUAAUCCUUAUCCGGAGAGCUGAACUCUCAGCACCGAUGAAUGCUCAUGAGGUCAAAGAUGACAGAUGUCCAUCUGCUAAGAUGGACCCUCCAUCUGCUCUUAGACGGAUACUGAGGUGUGAGCUCGGCGACUGUCCUCGCCAGUGGAUCGUUGGAUCAUUUCCUUGUCUUAGGACUCUCGUAGUAGCUUUUUUUUUUUACAGCACUUUUUUUGAAAUAAAAAAACCAAAAAAACUGAAAUGGCAGAUGUGCCAAAGACUUUGGUUCAGAUAAGCACAGUUUAAUGUCCACACAUGUACGUGUCCACACUCCAUCACUGUAACCUCUGUGUGUAUCACUGUCUCCACCACGUGCCACAGACAUGACCCUUUUUCUGUUCCAUAAAUUUAAGAACGUUUUGCUGCAGUUGCACAAGUUGUAUGUAUAGUACUUGCAUUUUUCAAGCCAUUAAUUUUCCUCUUUUCUUUCCAUCUUGGGUAUUUUUUUUUUUUAAAGUGUAAAAUCUUCAUGUUUAGAAUGCAAAAUUGGUAUUCUCACAAGAUACAUUGACGUAUCUUGUCUUGAUCUGUAAAAUAUGUCUGUCUGGGUGGGUGGGGAAGUGUUUCGGUUUAGUGAAUUUCAAGUGACUCUAUAGUCAUUUGUUGAUUUGAGGAAACAUCUGGAGUUUGUGGGAGAUGAAUACAUUUUGAGGAGUGUAUAUAAUUAAAAAUAAUUGUUUUAAGAGAAUAUUGUGUAAAAUAUGUAUUUUUCUAUUUUCCAUUGUAUGUGAAAAUAUUGAAUAUGUAAGAAAAUAUAAAGAUUGUCUUAAUGUAGGAUUUUAUGUUUCCUAUAUGCUUGUGGCAGGUUUGCACUUGUGUCCACUGGACCAUCUCUUGAUCAAUUCGAUGAUUUUGGCAUUGCUGACAAAGUAUUGAAUAAUAAUAAUAAUAAUAAUAAUAAAUGUGCAUUUUUGUAUUAAAA